AUGCCACAACAUGUCCAUCAUCACUCCCUCUCACCUUCAAGACCAGUCGUCGUUAUUGAUAAUGGCUCGGGAAUGAUUAAGGUAGGAUUUUCCUGUAGUGAUUCUCCCAGAGCCAUAUUUCCAACAAUAGUAGGGCAUAAAAAAGAGUCAUCAGAUCAAAAGAAGGAAACAACCAACAAUGAUCUCAAUAGUAUCGGAUCAUCAUUUGUUGGAGAGAUGGCAAUAGCUCAUCGAGAAUUAUUGGACAUAAAAAGUCCCAUGGAAAAUGGAAUAAUUUCAAAUUUUGAUGAUAUGGAAAAGAUUUGUUAUCAUCUCUAUCCGGAGUUCUUGUCACAGAACCAAGUUAGAAUCCAAAGCCAAUCAGUGAUGGGACUUUGUUCGAGUGCCAGAUCAGAUGGUGUUGUUUUGGAUGCUGGUUAUACGAAAUCAUAUGCUGUUCCAAUUCUUGAAGGAAUUGCAUUGCCACAUGCCAUUCAGAGGAGGUUUGAAUUGUCAGAUGGAAGCAAAGUGAAUUUUGGAGAGGAAUUAAUGUCAUGUCCAGAAGCUCUAUUCAACCCACAGUUAAUCAAAGAAGGAGAAGGAAUUCACAAGAUUCUCGUCAAUUCCAUUUUCAAUUCAAAUGCAGAAAUCACAAGACAACUCUUUGCCAAUAUUGUCCUUGUCGGUGUUUUCCCAAUCAUUGAAUUGGCUCCUCUCUCUGUAAAAGUGAAAAUCCUUUCAUUCCCCGAAAGAAAACUCUUCCUGGUUUGGAGGUUCAAUUACGAGCUCUCUUUCAGAAUUCCACAAUAUGGCCAUUCACAAAAAGGAAUAUGA